AAAAAAAAAAUGAUUUGAUAUAUUCAUUGCAACCCUGUUGUCAACAGAUGACGAAUGUCACAGGCAAUAAAUAAAAACUCAAUUAUUUAAUGUCAUUCAAUACAACAACAAUUUUACAAGGAGGCUCUAUAAAACUGAGGCAAAAAGCUGGAAAACGUAUAAAAUAUUUACAUUAUUAAAAGUUGACCUAAACCAGAGAUGAAAGUGAAAAAUACUAGAGGUUCUUAUAUAGGAGUAUUUUGAUUGUGAAUGAGCAAAUAUUUUCUUCUAUGUAACUUUUGCAUAGUUAUCCUGGAAGAUAAGAAGUAAAGGAGAUAGUUUUUGAACUGUAUCUCAUAUAUUUUAUAUAAGUGUAAUCAUGUUUGGUUUUGAUGGAGAUUAUCGUCGUCGCCCGGUUCAAAGUUUAGGUGGAGCUUCCCAGACGUGUGAUCGCGAUACUAUAAUAAGAAAAGCUCAGCAGGAGCGACAAAAACGCAAUGAACUACGUUUACAAAAUAAUGGAGCACUUGUGCUGCAAUCAUACACUCGCUCCUUUAUUCAUAGACAACGUCGAAAACGGUUGGAACGAGAAGCGUUUGAUGAUUUCCUGCGCACGCACCGCGAACGUGUUAUUGAAGACGAAUGUUUAGGAUAUUUGCUUCGCCGUCUUCUAUUUUUCUACACAAACAGGGACAGCAAAGAUGGUGAGCGUUUGAUUGAUAUUUGUCAACAAAUACUCCGUCAUCCUGAACGUCUUCUUAGAAACUCAAGCUCAGAGUUUAUUUGGCUACAUCGAUUAAAAAAAUUGCUUGAUGUUUGCAUAACACAAAUGACACUGCCACAAACCUCACCAGCAAUACCGCUACGUAUGUUGGAAGUGUUCACGGCAACUACAGUUAUAGAACGUUAUAUGGAAGAUGAAGCUCGAGUGCAGUCCUAUUUGCAAGUUGUUUUUAGCUACUUAGUAAAGCAUGAUUACUUUGUGCGCCUCCGACAGUUAAUGGAAGCAAAAUGUCCACCAUUGGAUGGGGAGACUUUAUAUGCUCCAACCCCAUUCGCAGAAGCUAUUUUCCAACUAAUGAUCCGGCCUUUAUUGCUGAAGGACAAAAUGCCUCACAUUUACGAAAAUUUUUGUAAACAUAUUCUCGCUAAGCCUUUCACGGAUCCCAUACGUAGUUAUGUGCUACCAUCGUUAGCAGACUGCGGAGAUUUUCCGUUUUCACAUUUAAUACAAACAUUAAGGGAUUUAUCCAUUUUCCGUUCAGAAAAAAUGCAAGUGGACUCAAAUUUUGGACCAACUACGUCAUCAAUACAACAUCAAGAUGAUAAGUUGGAUAUCCACCGUGAUGAAAUAUUCAGUAGUUAUUUACUAAAUUCAAUUUUAAUACUUGACCGUAAACAUUUAGAUUCUCUUCAUACUCAAAAUCUUCUUGGCGAUUACAUAAUAGUAAUUGCAAAGAUUUCCGUUAAAAUAUUACAAUUACCAAAAUACACUCUUAAGCAAUCAGUGGAACAUCAUCAGCGCGCUGAUGCAGAAGAAUCUAGUGACGACGAUGAUGACGAUGAAGGAGAAGAGAAAAUUCGACGAGAUCAAAUGUCAAAUUAUGAUUUGGAUUCUGGACCACCCCUUUUAAGCUCCGCGGAACAAGAUGUACUUUUAGAGUGCAUAAAGUUAAUGAACGACUCGGAGCGUGUACGUACUCUUGCUGAACACACUGACACAUAUCUUGCAGAUGAGAAGGUGCUUUAUGCACUUUGCGAAAUUUGCCACAAUCUUAUGAUCUAUAACAAACUAGCGGUUUUUCAGUACAAACUAUUGUAUACACUGGCGUUUAUGCCAAAUGUAGUUCGAGCCAUUUGGUUCACUUUGACAACCCAAUCCAGUCAACUAGGCUUUAACGCACCACUUUCUUUAAUUUCAAAAGGUGUUGUACCUAAGCAGAUUGGCGUUGAACAAACAAUUCCGUUGUUGGCAACAUUUUGCAUGCUUUUCGGUCGACUGUUACCAACUUUACAUGACGCUGAAUUCUGUGAUGAAAAACUUUUAUUGGCAAAAUCGCUUCAAGCUUCAUUUGGCGCUGCAACACAUAUUCGAUUAAUGCCUUUUUCAAUUGCCGAAAUAAUACAACUGUCGAAGACAUUGAAGGAGAUAUCGCUGGGAUUAGUGGACUUAGCUUUUCCUGAGACUCGUUCAAAUCUCAAUGAGCAUUAUAGAUUUGUUUUGGGACAUUCAGAUUUUGAUUUGAAAAAAAUGUAUCAACAGAAACAAGUUUGGGCAAAUUUAUUGAAGGUUGUUGUGUUCGUUUUGAAUCAAAUACAUACAAGAGAUCUGCGACUGGGUUUUUGCCCGGAAACUCACUGGACUGUGAGUCGUUUGGAUCUCCCACUUGAUAGGCCUACAGAUUUGCCGUUAACACGUGGCAAUCGUACCCGUGGUAUACGACCUUUCCAGCCGAUUCGAGAUUUUACCCGGGAGGACUUCGAAAACGGCCCCCCGAUGUCCACUAAACAAAUACGCUCUAUUACAAUAUUACGUGAAAUUCCAUUUGUGGUGCCCUUCAGCAAACGUGUAGGUAUAUUGCAAGGUCUGGUGGCUGCUGAUAAGAUGCGUGUUCAAGGCAACUACCAAGCAUUUCUCCAAGGACCAUCUAUAAUUCUCAAAGUUAGACGUUCACACCUUUAUGAAGACGCUUACGAUCGACUUCGACCGGAAAAUGAACCAGAUCUACGUUUAAAGUUCCGGGUUCAGUUCAUUUCAUCUCUUGGUCUGGAUGAGGCUGGUAUCGAUGGUGGUGGGGUGUUUCGUGAAUUUUUAUCCGAAUUAAUUAAAACUGCUUUCGACCCAAAUCGAGGGUUCUUUAUGGUCACUACCGAUAAUAAAUUGUAUCCUAAUCCUGACGUCGCUGAUUUGGAACCUGAUUUUGAACGACACUACUACUUCAUUGGACGAAUUCUUGGCAAAGCAAUUUAUGAAAAUUUACUAGUGGAAUUACCUUUAGCUGAAUUCUUUCUAACUAAACUCGCAGGCAAAUAUGCUGAUGUCGAUAUACAUCAACUAGCAUCCCUUGAUCCAGAGCUUUAUAAGAAUUUACUGUAUCUGAAAGAUUACGAAGGAGAUGUGAGCGAAUUGAAUUUAGAUUUCACAGUUGCCAGCAAUUCACUGGGUCAUACACAAGUAGUUGAAUUAAAACCGAAUGGCCAGAGUAUACCUGUAACUGCAUCAAAUCGCAUUGAAUAUCUGCAGUUGAUGGCAGAUUACAAAUUGAACGUACAGAUACGAAAGCAUUGUGUAGCAUUUAGGCGCGGUCUUUCGAAUGUGUUGCCCGUCGAGUGGUUGUAUAUGUUUAGUAAUAAGGAAUUGCAAAUAUUGAUAUCUGGUGCUGAAAUCCCAAUAGAUUUAGUUGAUCUCAGGAAGCACUGCAAAUAUGGUGGCGAAUAUAGCCUUGAUCAUCCAUCUAUUAUAUUGUUUUGGUCUGUUUUGGAAAGUUUUAAUGAUCUGCAACGCAGGCAACUCCUGAAAUUUGUGACAAGUUGCUCCAGACCACCACUUUUGGGCUUUAAGGAUCUUGACCCGCCUUUCUUUAUACAGAAUGCCGGUGAUAUGGAAAGGUUGCCUACAGCAAGUACCUGUACAAACUUGUUAAAGCUGCCACCAUUCACAACGGAAGAGCAAAUGCGUGAAAAAUUAUUAUACGCCAUACAAUCGGGUGUAGGCUUCGAGUUGAGUUAGAUCUAUCCUUCUGAACUUUAAAAAUAUUUAUCAGAAACUAUGUAUAUUGCUAUUAAUAGUAGGUUAAUGAUAUAAAUUCAUCUAAAAUUAACGCCAUCAUUUGAGUAUUUCAACAUUUGUAAGAAAUAAAAUGUGUUCUUAAAUGUGUGCGGUGCUGCAGAAUUAAAGAAAAAGAAUUUGAACAAGUUGGGCAAAAAUGUUAGCCUAUAGUGAAUUGCUGUAAGAUAAAAAAAUAAAAACAAUUCCCAUUCCUUAUAAUUUUGAAAAUAACUACAAUUUAAAUUUUAGUUUUACA